UCCGACUUCACUAAAUCACUUGUCUUCAAAACAUCACGUUGUUCUAGUGAUAAAAAUGUGAGUUUAUUUUAUGAAGCGUUUCCUAUAUUACUGGCAACACUUAAGUUUUUUAUUAUUUUAUUUUAUUUUAAUUUUUUUUAAUUGUUGAGAUAGAUUUUCACCGUGGGUAGAAUUAGCUCCUAUAGUUAGGCAGAGAUCGUUAUAUUGAGUUAUUGUUAUAUAGAGUUAUUGUUAUAUAGAGUUAUUCUUAUUUAGAGUUAUUCUUAUUUAGAGUUAAUAUUAUAUAGAAUUAUUUUUAAAUAGAGUCAUUCUUGUAUACAGUUCUUGUGUUAUGUAGAAUUAUUGUGUUAUAUAGAGUUAUUGUGCUAUAUAGAGUUAUUGUGUGAUAUAGUUAUUGUUAUAUAGAGUUAUUCUUAUAUAAAGUUAUUUUAUACGGAGUUAUUUUUAUAGAGAGCUAUUGCUAUAUAGAGUUAUAUUUGUAGUCUAUUCGUUUAAAACAUUAGUGUUGAUAUCCUUAAUAUUUUACCAAGUUUUGUAUUUAACUCAGCUUCAUCUUUGUCAAUAUCUUUUAUUGCCGUUGGUCUCUUUGAGCUAAUUUUAACAAAAGUUUCAAUCUCUCGGACAUGGUUACCGGAAAUUUGAUUGAAAGAAAUUUCGUCGACGGUAAAUUGACCGACGGAAAUUUGAUCGAACGGAAAUUUGGUCGAAUAUUUUUUUUUUUCAGUUCUCACGUUAAAAUGUUCGUCAAAUUUCUUUUUGAACACACUAUACAAUAUAGUAAAACAAAAUAAUGCGUUCAAAAGGAGAUUUGAAUCAAAAUUUUAACGUAAAAACUUUUUUUUUAAAGAUUCGACCGAAUUUCCGUUCGAUCAAAUUACAGUCGAUCAAUUUACCGUCGAUGAAAUGUCUUUCGAUCAAACUUCCGGAUACGCUCAGACAUAUUGGUGCUCAGAUUGAACUACGGGGGGGGGGGCAUCUUAACGCACGUGUAUACAACUAAGCAAAAACAACGACUGAUUGAUGUAUUUUACUUUCAAUGGAUUCGUUUUGGGAUCUUUAGUUUAGUCUUUGAACUCGGUUACUUUGUGCACAAAUCAUUUUUAUGUUGAAUGCAAAAGCACUCUGUGAACACCGGGAAAUGUUUCAUUCCAGAUUAUCCGCAGUUACAAGGCAAGAGUUCUGAUUGGCGGCGUCUUCUAGGAACGGUGAAAAGUCAUGGUAAGCUACCACCCUGAUUGUAUUGAACACCAUAAGACGAGGUUACGACGUCUGCCCUGCACACCGCCGGAUGCACCGGUGUGCACCUUGAAUCGAUUAACUAUCUCAUUUUAAAAUGAAUCUACAGUUGGGAAAGUAAUUUUUCCAAAAAUCUUAAAUGGAAAAAAAAAAGUAUUUUAAAAAAAUCUAAAGUAGGGAAAGGAAUUUUUUUGUUAUCCUAAGUGGGAAAAGUAAUUUUAUAUCUAAUAUGGGAAACGUAAUUUUGUUUAUCUAAAGUGGGAAAAGUAAUUUUUGCAUCUCCAAUGGGAUAAGUAAUUUUUUUUUUAAUAUCCAAAGUGGGAUUACUUGUUUUUGUUGUUGUGUGUUUGGUUUGUAGUUUGUAUUGUUAAUCAGAUUCUUUUUUUUUUUUUAAACGAACAGCAUGGUGUUGCACCUAUCACUCCUUGGCACAGCUUUCUGGCCAAGCUGUUGCAAUAUUGUGUUAUAUGGGCAGGAAUGCGUAGUAGCGCGAAUUGGAAUGGUAUAUCAUAGUUUCGGUUUGCUCGGUUGAAUAAAACGUUUAUAUUAUUAAAGUGGUCCAACGCGUGACGCAAGUACCCAAACAUUAUUGCUGUUUUACUUUUAGGUUUCGAGAGAUCUCAACCUCCUCCUUCUUGGCAAAACCGGAAAUGGCAAGAGCGCCACCGCCAACACGAUCCUCGGCUUCAAAGCCUUCGACUCCACAUCCAGCACCACAUCGGUCACCUCCAACGUCCAGUCACAGAGGGCUACAUUCAACGAUCACGUCAUUCAAGUGGUGGAAAUUCCCGGACUCGCCGACACGAGAUCGAAAGUUGACGACGCCAUGGGCAUAGUUUCCGGGAAUUUGGCUUUGGCACUGCAGCAGUCCCCGGAGGGUUUCCACGCAGUGCUUCUGGUGCAGAGAUACGGGACCCGUUUCACCGAGGAGGAUUCCACGAGUGUUGCAUUGCUGAAGAAAGCCCUGGGGGAGAGGUUCGUCAGGGAAUUUUGCAUCUUGGUGUUCACGUGCGGAGACAUUUUUGAAAUGGAUCCAGAGGAAUCGGGGAAAUGUUUUAAGGACUGGUGUAGCGAGCAGGUGGGGGAACUGUCACAACUGAUGCAAGAUUGCGGAGGUCGAGUGGUACUGUUUGACAAUAGGGAUAAACGCAAGCAAGGGACGAAGUUGAAUGAGCUGAUCUCGCUGAUUGGAGAGCUGCAGUGUAUUCGUUACACGGGUAUCGAUUUUGACGAUGCAAAAAAUUCGCGAGAACGAUAUAUCGUGGAAUUGAAUAUGCCCUCCAUUCGUGAAAACACGAACACCGAAAUAUUGAAAAUCAAUCAAAGAAUAGCAUCGAUUAGCACCUCCCCACUGCACGAACGGCUUCAGGAUUUGAAAGUCUUGUUAUCGACCGCGCAGUCGUUGGCUUCUUCCGUCGAUCAACAAGACAAAGGAACUGGUGUGCUCUCCAAGAUCAAAAAGUCCGUCGAGGCGGUCCAUCAGCGCAUCCAUGCUGACAUGCAAGCAGUCCAAAGGCAAAUGGAAGAAGAAGAGCGAAUUCGAUUACACAAUGCCGCGUUGGAGAUUGAGCGGGCGCUGCAGGCGCUGAAGUUGAAGGAACUGGAAGACGCGGCGAUGCGGGCGGAAGCAGCGAGGCUCGAAGAAGAGAGGCAGGCGCGAGAGCGUUUCGCAGAAGUUCAACAGCAAGCUGCCCAAGCUGCCCUUGCUGCGUCCAUGGUGUAUCAACAAAGGCGAAGGUCGAACGACGACUGUCGGAUACUCUAAGAAAAAAAGAUCUACUGCCGUACACAGAAUUUUUCCACGUGUGGUACUCUUCAGAUAAAAAGUGGGUUGACCUGUGAAGCUUUGUUUGACACCAUUGAAGGUUCACAGACAUGUGGCCAAGAAAACCAGACAGCAUGACGUCAUGACAUGACAAAAGAUGUCAGAACAAGACAUUUCCUUCAUAAUCCGACGAGCGAAACGAUAAAAUGACAAGUGACAUCCUGCCAUGAUAAGUGACAUUAUGACAUGACAAGUGACAUCAUGACAUGACAAGUGGCUUCGCACUAUAACAAGUGGCAUCCUUUUAUGACAAGUAACAUCAACAAAAACAUCAUAGCAUGUCAUACAUCUCAUAACAAAGACAAGUGACGUCAUGCCGACAAGUGACGUCAUGCCGACAAGUGACGUCAUGCCGACAAGUGACGUCAUGCCGACAAGUGACGUCAUGACAUGACCAGUGACUUCGUACCAUGACGCGUGACACCAUGACAAGACGCGUGACAUCGUAUCACAAGUGAUACAACCAACAAACCAUCAGCUCCAUAAUGAAAUGAGUACCUCAGUCAUAUUUUAUUUCCACAUGACUUCAGUCGAUAUUUGGUUUUGUUUCUUUUAACCAAAACUCCACACAAGAAAGAGCUCUCUGAGCUGUGUCAUUUCCUCCCGGUUUAUGUGUGCUUUUUACAAACGCAGGUUUAAAGGUCCUUCAGAACUGCCACAGAAUCUUUAAAUGAUUUCUUCCACUUCUGUCCUCGUCUACCGGGGGAUGACGUCAUGGCUGGCGAUGUGCCACAAAGUGUGGCGCCCGCUGAAGGCUCAUGCUGUGCACUUUGUGUAAGGCACCCCAUUUUUUCCCCAAAAUUUCAAAGCCGGGAAAUUUUAAAUUGUUGCGUUACUUGUGUGUGUGUGUGUGUGAUUCCACUGAGAGUUAUUCCGUCUGUAUGGGGUGGUUCGUUUCGAAUUAUGAAGACUUGGAUUAAUUUUGUUUCUUGUAGCCGUGUCCUUUAUUUAAGCUUGAAUAUCAGAUGCAGGGCUGCCACACCCUGGGAAAUUUAUCAAGAUCUUGGGAAUUCACUACCCCAUUCAGGGCCAAAACUCACUUUUUAAAAAAAAAUUCACAAGAUCCUUUAAAAAUAAUCUUAUAUAUUUUCAUGAUCUUGGGAAAUCUUGGGAAAUGUUUUGACCAAAUCUUGAGAAUUAAAAAAAUUGAAUGGCAGUCCUGGUCAGAUGUGAUGUGCAACAUCUUUUAAUCAAUUAAAACCUGUAUUAUUGUGUUGUUAGGUUUGCAGAAUUAAACUGUCCAGGUUUUAGCAGACGACAAACCAGGUCAAAGGUCCAAAAUAACCAGUACCGUCCGAAGAAAAAAAAUGGUCACCAUAACUUUGAUGGCGUUAGCACAGGUGAUUAUGAUUUAAAAGAGUUUAGUUGCUGUAAAAAAAAUAUUUUAGUCAACUUUAUGAAUUUUUAAAAUUUUAAGUAAAUGGGGCACAUGAUGAUUUGAAAGUUGUUUCACUGAACGGUGACUUCUCUUCGGUGAUCUUAUUUGCUGCAUGGCGAUACAUUGCGUCAUAGACAGAUGAUUACUGAUUUAACAUUAUCACAAAAUGUGCUGUGUAGGUGCUGACCAUAACACAAUGAUCGAUUGUAAUGAUUACUGCC